AUGUCAGAGGGAGAAGAGGAUUUAAUCACAACCAAUGGUACGGGUGAAAAAUCUAAAGAAUGUGAUGUUUGUUUUAAAAAAUUGAGUCGAAGUAGUGAUAUAAAGAGACACAUGAGAACACAUACCGGUGAAAAACCUCAUAAAUGUGAUGUUUGUGCUAGAGAAUUUAGUCAAAGUAGUAACUUAAAGACACAUAUGAGAACACAUACCGGUGAAAAACCUCAUAAAUGUGAUGUUUGUGCUAGAGAAUUUUAUCAAGGAAGUCAACUAGAGGCACACAUGAGUAAACAUACUGGAGAUAACCCACAUGGCUGUGAUGUAUGUGGUAAACGGUUUAGUUAUCUUUGUAGUUUAAAACGUCACAUAAGAACACAUACAGGCAUAAAACCCCAUAACUGUGAUGUAUGCGGUAAAUGGUUUAGUCAGCAUAGUAAUUUACAAAGUCACAUGAGAACACAUACAGGAGAUAAACCAUAUAUCUGUAAUGUAUGUGGUAAAAGGUUUAGUUUUUCUGGAAGUUUUCAGAGGCACCUGAUAAUACAUACAGGUGUUAAACCCCAUACCUGUGAUGUAUGUGGUGAAGUGUUUAAUCAGCUUACUUAUUUACAGAGACACAUGAUAAUACAUACAGGUGAUAAACCUUACAAAUGUGAUGAAUGUGGCAAAGGAUUUCGUCAGCCUUGUACUUUAAAUACACACAUGAGAACACAUACAGGUGAUAAACCUCAUAACUGUUGUGUAUGUGGUAAAGGAUUUAGUUGUUAUGUUAGUUUACAGAGUCACAUGAGAACACAUACAGGUGAGAAACCUUAUGAAUGUGAUGUCUGUGGUAAAGGAUUUCGUCAGCCUAGUACUUUAAAGACACACAUGAGAACACAUACAGUUCACAUCAUGACAAGACGUGAAGUUAUACAUGUUAUAGAUCAUGUAGAUCAAAGACACGUAAGAACACAAACCAUGCAGACUGACACACUUCAUGAAUGUGAUGUUUGUGGACGAGAAUUCAGUAAAAGUGAUGAUUUCAAGAGACAUAUUAGAACACAUGCUGGUGAAAAACCUCAUGACUGUGCUGUUUGUCCUAGAGAAUUUGGUCAAAGUAGUGACUUGAAGAGACAUGUGAAAACACACACUGGCAAAAAUCUUCACAAAUGUGAUGUAUGUGGCAGAGAAUUAAGUAAAAGUAAAGACUUAAAGAGACACUUGAGAAUACAUACAGGUGAUAAACCGUAUGUCUGUGAUGUAUGUGGUAAAAGUUUUAUUCGGUCUGAUAGUUUACAAACACAUAUGAGAAUACAUACAGGUGAUAAACCUCAUAACUGUGAUGUAUGUGGUAAACGGUUUAUUGAACAUGGUAAUUUACAGAGACAUACAGGUGAUAAACCUCAUAAAUGUAAAGUGUGUGGUAAAAGGUUUAGUCAGCUUGGUAAUUUAAACAGACACAUGAGUACACAUACAGGGGAUAAACCUCAUGAAUGUGAUAUAUGUGGUAAGGGGUUUAGUCAGUAUAGUGAUUUACAGAGACAUAUAAGAAUGCAUACAGGCGAUAAACCUCACGACUAUGAUGUGUGUUGCAAAGAGUUUACACAUCCUAGUAAUUUAAAACGUCACAUGUUAAUACAUACAGGCGACAAACCUUAUGACUGUGAUGCAUGUGGUAAAGGGUUUAGGCAGCAUAGUGAUUUAAAGAGACAUAUAAAGAGAAUACAUACAGGUGAUAAACCACAUGACUAA